UGAAUAAACCAUAUUCAAUAAGCCAUUUUUUGAAUUUUCAAUGUUAUUCUUGAAGCCAAGAAAAACCAUCAUUAUUUUUUAUUUUCAAAUCAAGUUUGGCAUCAAUAAAUUUUGUCAAGCAGACAUUUUCAAGGGCAAAUUAGUUAAAAUGAAAAAAAUGUCAAUGAAAAUAUAUUUGACUCAAGAUAUUGAUAUAAGUAUAUGCAAAGAUGGAACUUGGUUCGCUUAACUCCUCAGCAUCCAUUUUCUCCAGCACUUCUCAUUAUUUCACACGAAAACAGUACACAUUUUGAAUGCCACAAUGACUAGGAAAUAUGGGAUCAUACAGUUGUGGAUAUGUUUUGGAAUGGCACUCAUACCGUCAAAUUACUACGUUUUUACGCAUACCGAAGACCCCGAAGCAAUCAUAAAUUCGUUGAUUCCGAUACUGGGAUUUGUUCUGGUUCUCUUAUCGUACAUCACUUUUGUUUUCGAAGGGCAUCAUGUUGUACAUCUUUUUGUAUGCCUUAGAACGUUAGUGAAGAGACGCAGUAAAUCUAGAUCGAUGUUCAUGUAUGCAGAUGCUGAAAGAAAAUCUUAUCUUGUGACCAAAUGGCCACCACGUGUGACUUGUAUAGAUUUUAGCGUAAAUUCAGUUAUUAUUGCUGGCCAUCAAAUCCUCAUGGAUUACAUACAAGGUGACAUUGACCCAAAACAUUGGACUUUAACUUAUCAAUUAAGCUUUCCCUUUGAUCAACAUACAUACUUUGGAUUCUUACUUGUGAACAUUUUGCAAAACAUAAAUGUUUGGAUUUACUUUAUAAUCUUGACUCUGGUCAUUGGAUAUUUUCUGAGCAUAACGUUUUACUUGGAAGCAAUUUGCGACGAUUUUGCGAGUGUUAUUGCUGACUUGGACAAUUCAGUGACUACUGGAUACGAUGCUAUGGCAUUGAAACUCAUUUUAGCAAUACAAUUACAGAAAAAUGUAAUGGAGUCAUUCAAGGAAUUGGUUAAAAUUGUGACUGGGACAAUAUUCGUGCAUGUAAUUUUCGAUACAAUUUUUAUAUCGGCCACCUUCUUUCAAUUGGAAUCGACUGUUGUCAAUUUCGAUACAAAAUUAGUUAUGGCUAUUUUUGCUUCUCUGGUGGCCGUUUUGUCAUUGCUGCCCUACUGUUACUAUGCUUCAAGCAUCACAUUGAAAAUUCAAAACAUGGCUUAUGUUGUGUUUGAAUCGCGUUGGUAUGAAUUGCCGGUUGAAUUACAGAAGAAUAUGAAACCAAUAAUUGCUUGUGCUCAAGUAAAGCGUACCGUCAACGGUUAUGGUCUAUUCAACUGCGAUCUUGAAGGGUUCAUGAAAAUCAUAAAAACAUCAUUAUCGUAUUAUGUGAUGUUUAGAAGUUUUUCAACCCGUUAAACACGAAUUAUAAAUAUGGAAAACUUUGAAUAUUUCUUUUAUUAAAGUAUUUAUUGUGUAGAAAAUGAAAUGACGAUUUAAUUGAUUGUAAAAGAACACGUAAUCGUAUUUCAAAUAAAGUGGAGCGGUUUUGUAAAAGUACCCCGCAAUCUCAGAGUAAAUUUACAAAAUACAUGUUACAAACGAUUUUGUAAAACUACCCAAAAAAUUUGCACGUAAAUGACUGUUACGUUACAAUUGCUUAAUUAUACAAUUGAUACAAAACUUUUUUCGGAAUGCAAGAAUAUUUUAUGACGUUAGAAAAUUCCAAUUGCCAUUCCAAUCCACGCGCUUAAUUAAAAAAUCUUCCCUAUAAAAAGGAGGUGAAACUCAUUUAAGUUCAUCAGUUUCUGAGUUAACUUUGUUGCAGAAAAUAUCCAAUUAAAAUGUAAUAUACAUUUGCUUUUCUUUUCGUUGCUGUUUCAGUCGUUAUGAUGGCUAGCGCUGUCAUAACAAUGCAAGCAUUGAUAACAAGUCCUGAGCAAUUGAUUAGUAAUAACAGCAAACGCCUUUACUUUUUGGGCCGGUAAAUUUGAAUUUUUCUAUUGACAAGAAGAAACACCAAUUUUAAUUCUUCUCAAAAAAUUAUUGUUUUCUCUUAACUUAAAAGAACAUGGAGUGAUCUCAAGAGUUAAAUUAAAUCAUUCAUUAAUAUUGGUUUGUAUUUCUGCACAUAUAGUGAAACAAAUGACUAUAAUGCUGCAAGGACCCAGGUCAGACGAUACAGUGGUGCAGCUACGUGAGUUGUCUUUAGUUUGAAACUGAAUAAAAUUCAGAUUUUAAUCGUUUUAUUAUUUUUUUAUGUUUAAUAAAAACCCGUUAUACGCAAUCGAGGAAGCCAAUCAAUACACUCGGCAAAGUGGUGGCAUGGAACGCAGUUAAUGUCAUUGAUAAUUUUGAAUUAUUUUAUAUUUUUACUGUAACACUCAAUUAA